AUCUUCCUUGGGCCUUUUUCUUUUCACCUCCAACCCUUUCUGUUUCUCACAUACUCACAACAACGAUCCCUCUCUUCAUCCUUCUAUGCACGUCCAUUCAUCUUCCUUCAACAGCCCCUUCAUCUUCUUCUUCUUCUUCUCAUUCCUCUGCUAAUCCACCAUGUUCCUCAUCCUUCUCUCUCUCUAAUCAUGUAUCUCUCAGAUCCAUUAGUUUGAAUUGUUGCGAAGGAAACAUUACGACCAUGCAGAUUCAUUACCGAUGGUUUGAUUCUGAGGCUAAAAUACGGUUGUUAUCUAAUUGUAUAUCCAGUCCCUAUUGCAAUCAGUAAGCCACUUACAAGGUGUUAUCAGCUUGCUGACCCUGGGGAUUUUGGUCCGAGUGAAUAGAUAACUUGGUCUCAAGUUUGCAAGAUGCCAUAUUAUAUACAGAGACUUUAUAGGCUAUGCAAUGCAUCCUUUUCACCUGAUGGACCUGUGUCGGAAGAGGUCAUUGAGAAAGUUCGUGAGAAGUUAGAGAGAAUCAAGCCGUCAGAUGUAGGUCUUGAACAAGAAGCACAACUAGUUCGGAAUUGGCCUGGUCCAGCACUUGAACGUAAUGGGAGCCAUCAAUCUUUGCCACCUAUAAAAUAUUUGCAUUUGCAUGAAUGUGACUCCUUCUCUAUAGGAAUUUUUUGCAUGCCCCCCUCAUCUAUCAUUCCUCUCCAUAAUCAUCCUGGAAUGACAGUGUUGAGCAAGUUGUUGUAUGGCUCAAUGCAUGUUAAAUCCUAUGAUUGGAUGGAUGCAUCUGGCUCUACUGAUCAAUCUGAAGUUCGACCUGCAAAGCUUGUGAAAGAUACUGAUAUGACAGCACCAAGCCCCACAACAGUUCUUUACCCCACCAGUGGAGGAAACAUCCAUUGUUUUAGAGCUAUAACUCCUUGUGCUAUCUUUGACAUAUUGUCUCCUCCUUACUCUUCAGAGCAUGGAAGACACUGCACCUACUUCCGGCGAUCCCAACGGAGAGAUCUCCCAGUUAAUGUUGAGUUGGAUGGAGUGACAGUUUCUGAAGUGACUUGGUUAGAAGAGUUUCAACCUCCUGAUGACUUUGUGAUCCGGAGAGGACUGUACAGGGGUCCAGUUAUUAGAACUUGAAAAAUUUUCUUCUUUGAUGUGUCUUACACAAAAAGGAAAUUGGCUUAUCUUUAGAAUACAACAAAGGGAACAGUGGAAUGUGCAAUAAUUAUUAUAUUCUUUGUCUA